AUGCCCCCCACCCGCUUCGACCAGCAGGCCUUCCACACCCCCGGCCUCGACAAGCCCGGCUGCUUCAAGGUCAACGGCGCCCACUUCCUCCCGGACGACAUCUACCAGUUCGACGCCGCCUUCUUCAACAUGAGGGCCGAAGAGGCAAAGAACUCGGACCCUCAGCACAGGAUGAUGCUCGAGUGCGCGCUCGAGGCGGCCGAGAACGCGGGCCAGUCCCUGCUGGACAUUGCGGGAAAAAACAUUGGCGUUUUUGUCGCUUGCGGCUCGCAAGAGUACGCCCACCGCGUGGCGGAGGAUCUGGCCAAGACGACUGCUUGGACCGCGACGGGGAUUGCGGCGUGCAUGUUUGCCAAUAGGCUGAGUUACUUUUUCGAUGUGCACGGCCCGAGCGUGGCUAUUGAGGCGGCGUGCGCGAGUAGUUGUUAUGCUACGCAUCAGGCUUGCCAGGCGCUGAGGAAUGGGGAGUGUGAGGCUGCUUUUGUGGGGGCUUCGGCUAUUUGUUUUAGUCCCAACUUGUGGAUUACGUUGGAGAAGAUGGGGGCGCUGUCGGCCGAGGGGAAGAGCUUUUCUUAUGAUCACAAGGCUGCUGGGUUUGGGCGGGGUGAGGGGGGUGCUUGUCUGUUGAUUAAGAGGCUUGAUGAUGCGGUGAGGGAUGGCGAUCCUAUUCAUGCUGUUAUUAGGGGGUCUGCUUGCAAUCACUGUGGGAGGUCGGAGGGGAUUACUAUGCCGAGUCGGAUAUCGCAGGAGCGGUUGUUGGUCAAGGUGCAUGAGGCUGCUGGGCUUAGCCCGGGGGAGACGCCUGUUGUUGAGGGCCAUGGGACUGGUACGCCUGCCGGUGACCCCAUCGAGGCUGGCGCAUUCGCCGCCAUCUUGGCCAAGGACAGGACAGAAGCAAACCCCCUGUACAUUGGAUCGAUCAAGUCCAACUUUGGUCAUCUAGAAGGGGCAAGCGGUAUUCUGGGCAUGGUCAAGGCUAUCCUUAUGGUCAAACACGGCAUCAUCCUUCCCACCGCUGGCUUCGAGGAGAUGAACAAGCGCAUCGAAGGGAAGGAAAAGAUGCGUGUCAUUGGAGACAAACCAAUGGCCUGGCCCGAAAAUGAGCUCAGAAGAGCACUGGUGACCAACUUUGGGUUUGGUGGUAGUAACUCUGCAGUCUUGCUUGAGCAACCUCCUGUGUCGCCUGCGCUGACUGGCCACCUGGCUUUGAGGGCUUAUACCAAUGGCCAUGCUGCCAAUGGCGUCAAUGGGCAUGCCAAUCGUACCAACGGUGUCAAUGGCCAUCACCAUGUCAAUGGCAACGGCAUCAAUGGCCACAGCACGAACGGGACCAACGGUGUCAACGGCCACCACCACGCUCCAAACCGGCUGUUUGUUCUGUCAGCCAAGACAGACAAGAGUCUCAAUGCCUACCUGUCUUCGUUUGUCGAGUUCCUUGGGGACGAGAACCCCACGCCCGACUGGUCUACUGUCCGCGUCGACGACGCCGACUUUACCAAGAAUCUCAGCUACACUCUCGGCCAGCGCCGCACACAUCAUCCAUACCGUGUCGCCGUCGUCGCCAACUCGGUCGAUGGCCUGAAAGAGAAGCUCUCCUCCAAAAAGCCCGCCAGAGCCAAGCAAGACCGCGUCGUCGCCUUUUGCUUCACCGGCCAAGGCGCCCAAUAUGCCCAGAUGGCUUCGGGAUUGCGUCAUUACAAGGUCUUCGCCGACGCCCUUGACCAAGCCGAGGACCUUCUCACCUCCAUGGGGGCGACGUGGUCCUUGACCGAGGAGCUCGGCAAGGAUGCUUCCGUCUCCCGCGUUGACGAUGCCGAGAUCAGCCAGCCGGCGUGCACUGCUGUCCAGCUCGCUCUUGUCGAGCUGCUCAGGAGCUGGGGAGUCACACCCAAAGCUGUCACCGGGCACUCUAGCGGCGAAAUGGCGGCCGCGUACACGGCCGGGCUCAUCUCCUUCACGGCUGCUGUUGCUACCGCCUACUAUCGCGGCCAGGCUGCGUCGCAGCUGGCGUCCAAGGGAGGUGUUGGUGCCAUGCUGGCUCUGGGAGUUGGCUUUGAGGAAGCCUCCAAGCUCAUUCGAGAUCACGCGGGUGACGCCUAUGCGACUGUUGGUGCUAUCAACAGUCCCAAUAGCGUGACCGUGUCGGGCGAUAUGGCUGCCAUUGAGGCCAUCCACAAGGCCGCGGACGAGCAAGGCUUGUUUGUUCGCCGGCUCAAGGUCAGCCUGGCGUACCACUCUCGUCAUAUGGAGGAGGUGGCCGAUUGGUACCGCGCGGCGAUCCAGCCCUACUACGAGGAUGAGUUUGUCGUUGUCGAGAACGAUGACAGUAAGCCGGCCUUUGUUUCCUCGGUCACUGGCCGGGUCGAAACUGUGAUUGACUCAUCGUACUGGGUCAACAACCUUGUCCGACCUGUUCGGUUUUCUGAUGCCAUCACCAAGCUGUUCUCCCAACAGGAGGAUGUCAAGACCGGCCGGACACCUAAUGUCAUUGUCGAGAUUGGCCCGCACGCAGCCUUGAAGAACCCCAUCAAGCGCACGGUCGAGGAUCUCUCCCUCAAGUCCUUCUCUUACCUCCCUUCUUUGGUCAGGAAGGUAGACGGCAGCCAGGCGCUGCUGGACCUUGCAAGCGGCUUGUUCACCUCUGGCAUCCCUACCGAUCUCGGUGCCGUCAACCAAACCGACAAGACCAACGCCCAGGUCCUCACCGACCUCCCAGCCUACGCGUGGGACAAGUCAACCAGCUACGAGAUCAUGCCCCGCCACACCCACGAGCUCAUGUUCCCAGGCGAGCCCUUCCACCCCCUCCUAGGCCGCAAAGCCGCCUCCAGCGGCAACGCCAACGGCCAGGAGCGCACAUACCGCUCCCUCUUCAGCCUAGACGACAUCCCCUGGAUCCGCGACCACAACGUCUCUGGUGUCGUCAUCUUCCCCAUGACAGGCUACCUCGGCUGCGCGAUCGAGGCCCUCCGGCGCGCCGUCGCCCCCGGCACCCCCGUAGAGGCGUUUGUGCUGAGGGACAUCCACGUCGUCCGCAGCUUACAAGUCGAGGAAGAACAAAACGUCGAUCUCCUCACCAAGGUCAAGCCCACUUCUACGGGUACAGCCAGUUACUCUCCCACCUCGUGGUCGUUCGAGGUGCAGAUCCUGCACAGCGAUACCAACUCCUGGGCUACGCACUGCUACGGCAAGAUCGAAGCCGAGACCGUCCCGCUUCCUACCGAGAGCCCGGCUACAAAAGAGUCUCUUUUGUUGCUGCACCGCGCUGAGGCGACCCCGCUGGAGGAGCACGACCCCGGUGUUGUCUACGCGGCAGAUGGUCUCCAGGGCACCCUCUACGGCCCGUCCUUCCGGAACACCACCCGCUACCGCAAGGGGGAGAAGUUCACAGUCAUUGAUCAAAAGCUUCGCGACUUGGGACCAGAGGUUGAUCUGCUGAGCAAGUACGGCUCCCCUUACACGGCCGAUCCGCCAACGCUCGAUGGGUUUCUGCAGGGUGGUGGGUCGUUCAGCGAGAUUGACUGGAAGAGGCUGGCGCUGAUGCCCAACCAUGUGAACCGCUUGAGGGUGUCGAACCAUAUCGCUCUUGGGAAAGAGUCGGAGCGGAUCGAGACUGUGACGAGGCUGCUCGAGCACGACGCCAAGGGAGGGAGGAUGCUGAUGAGCGUGGCUGCGUUUGUGGUCGAUGACAAGAGCGGCAAGCGGGAGCCGAUUGUCGAGUGGGAAACCGUCACGUUCCGCGCGCUGCAGUCGGGUGAUGACGAGGAUGAGCUACCGGAAAACGGCCUGCCCGUCAACUGGCGGUUCGAGCUGCUUGCUCGGCUCGACUUGCUGCCCAAGGAGGAGCAGCUCAGGCGGUUUGCUCCCCAGAGGAUCAGCGAGGAGGAGAUGGAGGGCGGGCGGGACUUGCACGCGGCUGCGUGUUGGUUCGUGGACCAGGCGCUCGUCGAGACGGCUGGGGAUGACGAGUCGGCUAUCCCGAGUCAUUUGGUCAAGUUCAAGAAGUGGGCCAGGAGGAUUGUGGAUGCCGAAGGGCCAGAGAUUGAGGAUCCGGUCGGGCUGGUGAGGAGGGUCGAGGCUAUCAGCGCCCAGGGGGAGUUGCUCUGCGCUAUUGGGAAGCAGCUAGUGCCGAUUCUGAGGAACGAGGUGCAGCCGCUGGAGGUGAUGCUCAAGGAUGGGUUGCUGACUCGGCACUACGAGGCUGAUGUUUCAAACGCCUACUUUAGUCAGCUGGUUGGGGAGCUGGUGUACGACCUCAGCAACCUGGAGCCCAACAUGAGGAUCUUGGAGAUUGGUGCCGGCACGGCGGGCACGACGCUGCCGAUUCUCCAGGAGUUGUCCAAGGACCGGGAGGAGGGCGCGUUCUUGAGUUAUACCUUCACCGAUAUCUCGAGCGGCUUCUUUGAGAACGCCCGCAACGGCAAGCUGAAGAGGUGGUCGGAUUUGAACCGCAUCUCGUAUGAAAAGUUGGACAUCAGUCGGGAUCCGGUCGAGCAGGGGUUCGAAUUGGGCGAGUACGAUUUGAUCGUUGCGGCAAACGUGCUGCAUGCGACGGCCAACAUGAUCACCACCAUGAAGAAUGUGAGGAGCUUGCUGAAGCCGAGAGGCAAGGUCAUCCUGCUCGAGGCCAACAGGCACGCGCCCAUCACGCUGCCGUUUGCGCUGCUGCCGGGUUGGUGGUAUGCCGAGGAUGACUACCGUGACCGGGAGUCGGGACCGCUGCUUGCGCUGGAGAGCUGGAACAGGCUUCUCGUCGACACUGGUUUCACCGGAGUUGAUGUGCUGUAUCAAGAUCACCCUGGCAAGCCGGAGCAGAUGUUGAGUGCUUUCAUGUCGAGCAGGAUCGGCAAGGUCGUCGACGACGACGACAAGAUUCAGAUCACGGUUGCCGGUCCCCUCAUGGAUGACGACGAGCUCGACUAUGCCCAGCUUGUUGCCGACGCCAUCACGGAAGAAUUUGGUCUGGUCACGACAAUCAAGCCUUUCCUCGAGGUUGACGCCGAGGGUGAGGAUGCCCAUGUCGUCGUCAUUGACUCUCCCCGCCACAGUCUUCUCAAGGAGGUAGACGAGGACACCUUUAACGCCAUCAAGAGUCUUGCGAUUCACAACAAGGGCAUGCUUUGGAUUGUUCCCGAGCAAGACCAGGCGGCGCCGGUUCCCGAGGUUCACUCCAUCAAGGGUAUCCUGAGGACUGUCCGGUUGGAGAGUGAGCCCAAGCACAUCCUCAUGAUGGAGGGGAUCCCUUGCACGGCCGAGAGAGCUGAUGGCAUUGAUGCCAUCCUCAAGGUUGUCAGGGUGCUUGCGGAUCCCGAGGUCAACGCGCUAGAGGAUCGGGAUUAUCUCUUCCGUGAUGGACUCAUCCACCAGCGGCGCAUGCGCCCGCUGAAGGAGCUCAAGGAGCAGUUCGGUAUCGAGCAAGGUGUUGCCAUCAGAUCGGUACAAAACAUCUGGUCUGGCGACAGCGGCUUGGAGAUGACGAUGGAGUCGGCUGGGAGCCCUGAGUCGAUCUACUUCAGGCGCACCGAUGUUCUUCAGGCACCGCUGGCCAACGACGAGGUCGUCGUCAAGACCGAGGCGGCAGGGCUGAGCUACCGCGACCUCAAUCUCGUGUUUGGGUCUAUUCCCUGGGCUCCUCCUGGUUUCGACGGGGUUGGCACUGUUGUCAAGACUGGCGAUCAGGUGGCGCACCUGAGAGAGGGAGACAGAGUGUUCUUCUUGUCACUCGAGGGCAGCGGGUUGGCCACGUACAAGAAACUUCCCUCGUGGCACGCUGCUCGGGUGCCCGCUGGCCUCAGCAGCAUCGAGGCUGCCACCCUGCCGCUUGCUUACACCAUGGCUGUGGCCGCUCUUGUCCACACAGCCCGUCUCAGAAAGAACGAGUCGGUCCUCAUCCACUCCGCCGCCGGUGCUGUCGGCCAGGCCGCCAUUGUCAUCGCUCAGCACAUCGGUGCCCGCAUCUUCGUCACGGCUGGCACCGAGGCCAAGAGGGCCUUCCUGCACGAAACCUACGACAUCCCCAAGGAACAAAUCUUUCCCAGCCGCACCCCACAGUUCAGGGACAGCAUCCUCUGCGCCACGGCCAGCAAGGGAGUGGACGUCAUCAUCAACUCUCUCACUGGCGAACUCUUGCAAGAAACAUGGUCUCUCAUGGCCGCCUUUGGCCGCUUCGUCGAGAUCAACAAGAAGGACGCCUUUCAGAACACCAACCUCUCCAUGAAAGCCUUUGAACGGAACGCCACCUUCAGCACCGUCGACCUCCGCGCUUUGCACCAACACCGCCCGGAUGACCUGAGAGAUGUCAUUGGGGAGGUCGUCAGCUUGCUGCAAAAGGGAGUCGUGGUUCCUAUCCACCCCGUGACCGAGGUCCCCGUCUCUCAGUUUGCCGACGGUCUUCGCAAGCUCAAGACUGGUGAUACCACGGGAAAGAUUGUCGUUACUUUUGGCAAGGAGGAGAAGGUGCUUGCCGAGAGCGCGCUUAGGCCGUCACCUCCUGCCAGGUUGGACCCCAACUCGACUUACCUUGUGACUGGUGGCACGAGAGGUAUAGGUCUUGGGCUGGCGGACUGGAUGGUGGAGCACGCUGGGGCCAAGAAUGUGGUUGUGCUUGGGCGCAGUGGCCCGGAGGGAGCUGAGGUGCGAAAGGUGCUGAAGAAGUAUGCCGAGUCGGAGAAUGUGAGGUUCAGGGCGUAUGCUUGUGAUGUUGGGUCGAGGGAGUCGCUGGAGGAUGUUGUGGCGGCGAUGAGGGAGGAGGGUUUGCCCCCGGUAAAGGGUGUUGUGCACAGCGCUUUGGUGCUGAAUGACAAGCUGAUGCUGAAUGCCACGUAUGACGACUGGAAGUACAUCACUGGCCCGAGGGUCCAAGGAGCUUGGAACCUGCACGAGUUGCUGCCCAAGCUGGACUUCUUUAUUGCACUUUCGAGUUUCUUGGGUGACGGUGGGAAUCCAGGUCAGAGCAUUUACGCUGGCACGGCCUCGUUCUACGACGCCUUCUCUCAGUUCCGCGUCGAGCAAGGUCACCACACUGUGUCCAUCUCCCUCCCCGUCGUCUUGGGCGUGGGUUAUGUUGCGGACCACGGCAUAGCUGAGAAACUCCAAAUCACCCUCGGUGGCACGAUCCGCAUGCAGGAUAUCGUCACUCUUGUCGCGAGCGCCAUCAGCCAGGGCCGCGACUCUCCCUUCAUCAGCCCCGAGGGCAAGGCCGUCGCGUACAAGCUCCACGUCCACGGCAAGCCGCUGCAUGACAUCCCUUGGAAGUAUUCGCACCCAAUUCUUCUCAAAGACCGCCUGCACACAGACCUGACGGGCGGCGAUGCCGAGAACCAGAAUGCUGCCAGUGCGGCAUCUACUGCCUCUUGGACCACGGCUUCUGACCCGCAGGUUGGCUUGACCGAGGCGCUGAUUACCAAGGUGUCGGCCAUGACCAUGAUUGCGAGGGACGAGGUUGAACCUGACGCGCCGCUGAGCUCGCACGGGCUGGACUCUCUGGUGUCGGUUGAGCUGAGGAACUGGAUCAGGAGGGAGACGGCGGUUGAGCUAGCUUUGACAACGAUUACGCAGGCGGCGAGUCUGAGGGCGUUGGCGACGCAUAUUUUGGCAACGAGGGCUCUGGUUGCAAAGUAA